AUGAACCUCAAAUAUCUCUUCCUCCUUGCCCCCCUAACCCUCGCAACAACCUCCACCAGCAAUAUCUCCCCUCGCACCACAACCACCAGCCUCCUCGACGACCUCCCCACCAUCGUCGACGGCAUCAAAGAACUCCUGAGCACCGACACCGUCAACAAACUCGAGACGAUAGUCAACGGCGGAGCAACGCUCCUGGGUGGCGACACGCCACAAAACCUUCAGAAGUUAUUGUCCAGUGAUAAUAUCAACAAAUUGCAGAGUAUCAUUGAUAAUGCAAAUACGUUGCUCUCGGGGAACUUUGUCAAUCAGACGGGGGAGUUGAUUGGGGAUGCGUUGCCGUUGAUUUCUGAUUUUUCGACGAUUAUGACGGCAGUUUUGAAGACUGCAUAG